UGGAUAAAUUGGAGCUUUCCAGAUCUUCGACGCAGAAAUCUACCGAAAAUACUAAAAAUUCGUCGAAUAUAAUCUAUUCACUUUUGCCCCUGUUUCCGGUUCUCUAUUGAAGAAGAAGAUUAACUUUUCAAUUCAAUCCCAUGAAUUUGGUUAACGAGUUGGAAUCUAAGACUGAGAAUUAGGGUUUCUGAUUGAGUUUUUCUUUUGGGUUCUUGUUUUGUUUUCGUUUUUUCUUUUUUUCUUUUUUUUUGGUUUUUUUAUUAAUAAUGAACGAUCAGUUACAGAUGAUGAGCCAGCAGGCAAUUAUGAUCAAUCAGGCGCCUCUUCCUCCUCCACCUCCGCCUCAGGUAAUGGGUCAGGUUCAGGUGCAGACCCAGAUGCUGAACCAGUCUCAGUUGAUUGCUCACUCUCAGGCAAUGAGUCAGAUGGCUCAGUCGCAGCCUAUGAGUAGUGCCCAGAUGAUGAAUCUGCCUCCUUUGAUGAUGAAUCGUAGCUUCAAGCAUUGGACGCAGGACGCCAACCUCAAUCCUAGCAUCAAGUUUUCUUCUUUGAAGCAGAAUUUUGCUAAGUCAAAUAAUAGGAGUAACAAUUGGAAGGGGAAAAAAAUUCCCACCAAAGAAAAUAGGAGGAUGGAUAAAUUCGAAAAGCCUCAGGUGAUGGCUGGUCUUGGUGGUGGUGGUGUCGGUCCGGGCAGUACUCAAGGGUAUGUGCCACCGGCGCUGAACGAUUUGCAGUACCAGAACCGUCUGAAGGCGAGGAAAUUCUACAACAAGAAAAAGUUCAACAACAACGUCCGAUUUGCUCCCUAUGCGCCGCGUAACACCACUUCAUAUAUUAUCAGGGCGAAAAAGUCUGGUGGGAUUACAUCUUUGGUGUCACCUUGCCCUGUGACACCUGCAGUGCUGCCAACCCCAGUGUUCUCACCCUCAAGUGAGGUGUUGGGUGACAUGGCAAAGGAAGAAUGGGGUGUUGACGGUUAUGGAUCGAUGAAAGGGUUGAUUAGGCUUAGAUCACCGGGGAACAAUGAUUCAGAAGUGGUUCAUGAUGAAGAGGAGGAUGAAGAAGGAGGAAAUGGUGGGGGAUCGAGUGAGAGCGAUGUGGAGGAGCAUGUAGAGGUGGAGAGGAGAUUGGACCAUGAUUUAAGUAGGUUUGAGAUGAUAUAUCCCAGUUAUGGAGGGGGUAGUGACUACAAUAAUGUGUUGGAGAAUAGAGUUGAUGAUCAGGAUACUCACAUAGCGCAGUUAGAGGAGGAGAAUUUGACGCUGAAGGAGAGGCUGUUUCUUAUGGAGAGGGAGCUAGGAGACUUGAGGAGGAGGCUGCAGUUUUUGGAGAGGCAGACUCUGGUAGUGGAGGAUGUCAAUGAGGAGGUGGUUGAAAAUGGUUCUGACAAUGAGAAUGAAAGUGACAGAGGUGGAUCAGAUAUUAGAGUAGCAGGAUUUGAUGAUAAUGAAGAAAUGAUUGAGUUUGUAGCACCAAAUGAUGGAAGAAGAAAUAUUAGAAAUGUUGACCUUGGUGUGAAAGAAGAGCAAAAUGGUCAUUUGGUGAAGAAUGAAGGCAUAAAGGAUCUUUGUAUCAAGGAAAUUGUACCAGAAGAAUCUACUGUUAAAGAGGAUGAGAAGAAGGGUGAACAAGGAAAGGAUGAUGAAAUGAAAAUUGUAGCUGCUGGGAGCGAGAUUGUGCAGGGGCAAAUUGUUGGACAGAAGAAAGGCAAGACCAAGGGUGCAGGAAUUUUAGGGAAUGAGUUUGCAACAGACGAGAUGGUAGCUGAAGAGGACACACAUGAGUCUAGGCUUGAAGAAGCAGGAGAUGUUUGUGGAGAACUGUAGAUCCUGUAAAGGAUGACAGGAAGGAGGAGAGGAGAAGCACAUUUAGAAGAGCACUAGGGAUGGUGACUAAUCUAACUAUCCCGUGUUCUUGUAAGUCUCUUCUCUUAGCCCUUGCUGUUCGAGAAUCUUUUAAUUGUGAUUGUUGAUUUGUGCAACACUUGGAUAUAUGUGCUGUACAUACACUUGGUUUAGUGUAGUUCUGUCUUAUAUUUUGCUAGUCUGACUUGGAUCAGAGAGGAUAAAUAUGAAAAUGUUGUCCGCUCUGACCUCAUAUAACCAUGUAGGAGUUAUUUUUCUGUUCCUCUUUUUUUUUCUUUUUUUUUUUAGUUUGGAAUAUGGAGAAGGACUUUGUUUAGCUGCUAGGGAUUAGCCAUGAGGUUCUUUUCUUUCUGUUACGGGCACAUACCUGUUUGCUGGGCUUCUUCGUGGUUUUAAGUUUGGAAAGAACCUUUUAAAAGGUAAAUCCAUUGCCAGUGUACUCAAAUUUCUCUGUUAAUGUCAUGAAAACUUCUUAUCAAAUUUGUUAGCACUGGCUCACUUGAUUAAUUUGAGUAAUAAAACUGGAUUUUUCUU